AUGAACUUUGGACCGAUGGGUCCUACGUUGCCGAAACUUCCUCGGUUGCCGGAGCAGCGCUUCUCUUUGCCAAAGGAAUCGAGAGCUACACAACAGUUUCCGUCUGUGGUAAGGGACGCUCUAGUCUUCGCUCCGAGUGCCUGGCUCUCCAUGCCGGCCUCCAUCGAGUCAUCGCAGACCGAACCCUCCACCGUGGUCAGCGUCUCCUGGUCGCCUCCGACAGUCAGUCAUUACUUACGGCUCUGCGGUGCCACACAGCACGGACGACGAACUCCACUUUUACAGAGUGCGUCGAGAUGUUGA